UCUUUUCUCCUCUUUGAACCUCCAAACACCGAAACAACACGCUUGAAGGGGAUUAAAACUAAAACUACCGGUCUUUCUUUCCUCUUUUGCGUUUCCUUUACCAUACCCAGAUCUCAAGUUCUGAUCUCUUUGUUGACUUCUCUAUCGAUCUCACUCCAAAAUCUGAUUUUUCUAGAAGGGGAAGAUCGGUUCUGCAACGAAGAAGGGUACUAUUGUAAAGGAGUUUGAAUCUACAUCUAUACAUAUUAAUCUAUUAAGGAUCAACCAUGUCUAUGUUUGGGCGCAUGUUUGGUAAACCUAAACAGGAAACCAAUGCUUUAACCACUUUGGAUAAGUUAAACGAGACGCUUGAAAUGCUGGAGAAAAAGGAGAAAGUUCUCCUUAAGAAGGUUUCAGCUGAAGUUGAAAAGGCGAAAGAAUUCACAAGGGCGAAGAACAAAAGGGCGGCAAUACAAUGUUUGAAGAGGAAGAGGCUAUAUGAGCAACAGAUAGAGCAACUUGGGAAUUUCCAGUUGCGCAUUCAUGAUCAGAUGAUAAUGUUGGAAGGUGCCAAAGCCACCACAGAAACAGUAGAUGCAUUAAGAUCUGGAGCAUCGGCUAUGAAGGCUAUGCAGAAAGCAACGAAUAUUGAUGAUGUUGACAAGACCAUGGAUGAGAUCAAUGAGCAAACCGAAAACAUGAAGCAGAUUCAGGAAGCACUGUCUGCUCCAAUUGGUGCAGCAGCUGAUUUCGACGAGGAUGAAUUGGAAGCUGAGCUUGAAGAACUGGAGGGUGCUGAAUUGGAAGAACAGCUUCUUCAACCAGCAACUACAGCUCCUGCUGCCCCGGUGCAAGUCCCAGCCGGCCGGCAACCUACUCGGCCCGUCCCUGCAAAACGAACUCAAGAAGAAGACGAAUUGGCAGCUUUGCAGGCUGAGAUGGCACUUUGAGCAGGUCCAUAUUCUCAAAUGUAAUACAAUCCGAUAUCCACACUACGCAUUAGUUUGUUUUAGUUCAAUGAAUGUUGCGUCGCAACCAACAUCGCAGUUUAAUGGCUUGUGUAUUUAUCAUUUUCAUGUUAGCUAUCAACUUUUGCACCUUUGAGAGUGCACUUGUACAAUAGUCUGGAAAAGUUGAACCUGAGAUCACUUGUCAAUAAGAUAAAUAUCAUUUUGUGCU